AUGUUGAAGUCCUUCCCACCAAAAUCUAGGCGCAUCUACGCCAAGCAUUCUUCAUUCAUCUCGAGACCACUCUCUUCUUCUCCAUCGUCUUCAUCUUCAGAUUCAUCUCCUUCUAGUCUCCCUAACUCUAUACUCACCUGCAGAACGGCUAAUCAAGCACUCGAGCUCUUCCACUCAGUUUCCCGCCGAGCUGACUUAACCAAGAAUCCGCAGCUCUAUUCAGCAAUAAUCCAUGUCUUAACUGGAGCCAAAUUGUACGCGAAGGCUAGGUGCUUGAUGAGAGACCUCAUCCAAUGCCUCCAAAAGUCUCGGAGAUCCCGUAUUUGUUGUUCGGUUUUUAAUGUUCUUAGUCGGUUGGAAAGCUCUAAAUUCACUCCCAAUGUGUUUGGGGUGUUGAUUAUUGCCUUCUCGGAAAUGGGUCUUGUGGAAGAAGCCUUGUGGGUGUAUUACAAGAUGGAUGUAUUGCCAGCAAUGCAGGCUUGUAACAUGGUCUUAGAUGGGUUGGUUAAGAAGGGUAGUUUUGAUACGAUGUGGAAAGUUUAUGGUGAUAUGGUAGCGGGCGGAGCGUCGCCUAAUGUGGUCACCUAUGGGACAUUGAUUGAUGGGUGUUGUAGACAAGGUGACUUCUUGAAAGCAUUCAAGUUGUUUGAUGAAAUGAUUCAGAAGAAAAUUUUCCCAACGGUUGUGAUAUACACAAUUCUCAUACGUGGGCUGUGCGGUGAGAGUAGAAUUUCAGAAGCAGAAAGUAUGUUUAGGACAAUGAGGAAUUCGGGUAUGCUCCCAAAUUUGUAUACAUACAAUACAAUGAUGGAUGGAUACUGUAAGAUAGCCCAUGUGAAGAAAGCCCUUGAAUUGUACCAGGAAAUGCUAGGUGAUGGUCUGCUGCCAAACGUUGUGACUUUUGGUAUUUUAAUUGAUGGACUUUGCAAAACAGAUGAAAUGGUGUCUGCUAGAAAGUUUUUGAUUGAUAUGGCUAGUUUUGGUGUUGUGCCAAAUAUAUUUGUGUAUAAUUGUUUGAUAGACGGCUACUGUAAGGCAGGGAACCUCUCUGAAGCACUGAGUUUGCAUUCAGAGAUUGAAAAGCACAAAAUUUUGCCUGAUGUCUUCACUUACAGUAUACUAAUAAAGGGCCUUUGUGGUGUCGAUAGAAUGGAAGAAGCAGAUGGGUUGUUGCAAGAAAUGAAGAAAAAGGGAUUCCUUCCGAAUGCUGUGACCUACAAUACACUCAUUGAUGGGUACUGCAAAGAAGGCAACAUGGAGAAGGCAAUAGAGGUGUGUUCUCAAAUGACAGAAAAGGGUAUAGAGCCUAACAUCAUUACCUUCUCUACCUUGAUUGAUGGUUAUUGCAAGGCAGGGAAAAUGGAGGCUGCCAUGGGAUUGUACACUGAAAUGGUAAUCAAAGGUCUUCUACCUGAUGUAGUUGCUUAUACAGCUUUAAUUGAUGGGCAUUUCAAAGAUGGCAACACAAAAGAAGCUUUCCGGCUUCAUAAGGAGAUGCAGGAGGCGGGCCUUCAUCCUAAUGUUUUCACACUUAGUUGCUUAAUUGAUGGAUUAUGCAAGGAUGGAAGGAUUAGUGAUGCAAUCAAACUUUUCUUAGCGAAAACUGGAACUGAUACCACUGGUAGUAAAACUAAUGAGUUGGAUAGAAGCUUGUGUUCCCCAAACCAUGUGAUGUAUACAGCCCUGAUUCAGGGUUUGUGCACGGAUGGGAGGAUUUUUAAAGCAAGUAAGUUUUUCUCAGAUAUGAGAUGCUCUGGUUUAAGACCAGAUGUGUUCACUUGCAUUGUCAUUAUUCAGGGGCAUUUCCGAGCCAUGCAUUUGCGUGAUGUGAUGAUGUUGCAGGCUGAUAUCCUAAAAAUGGGUAUCAUACCAAACAGUAGUGUAUACCGGGUCUUGGCUAAGGGUUAUGAAGAGAGUGGAUACCUCAAAUCAGCUCUCAGGUGUUCUGAGGAUUUAUCAGGGAUAGGCAUUGGGUGUUCAAAUUUGAAUGACCUGUAA